CUGGUAAUCUAGUUUUAGAUAUACCGAUAGAGGAACUCUAGCAUUUCGAGGACCUUCUGAGGUUUUGCUGAAUAUUUAGAAGAAACGAAAAUGUUUUUCAAUAUCAAGGGAUGCUGUAGUAUUAAACCAGUGGAAAAUGUGGAUCCAGACAAUAUGAACGUGGAGAUUCGAGUUGCAGCACACCCAAAAUCAUCCCCUGAAAACUCCAAAACAUCCAACUGAGUCCUGGCUGGCGACCGUGGUCCUGUUAAUCAUCCUGAAAAUAAUGGAUGAGGAUGGAAAAUUUUGUUAUACGCUAAACGCAAGAUGGUUAACCAUGAUGUUCAUAGAUUUCAUAUUUGGCAUUUCCGGAGUUGUUAUGUGCAGUUUGAAGUUGAAUAGUCCGCACGAUAGUUAUACCAGAAGUUUUCUUAGAGUUGCGCUUGUAUUAACUUUUGUGAUGAUACUUUUCGGAGUGGUUAUAUCGAUAGCUUUAUAUAAGGAACAUCACAGAUGUGCUUUGCUAUUUUCCAUGUUGAGCUUGGCAACAAUAACAGGGACAACCCUAUAUUCGGAAGCAAGCACAUCAGCCAACUCGAAUUUCUUGAUUCUCUUCUCACUAUUCUCUAUCUUCUUCAUUGGAUGGUUCAUAUUGUACAGCUACCUUCAAAUAUUAGUUCUUGAGAAAAACACUGAUGACACAGCAACGCCAGUCUGAAUACUGCUUGAUUUUUAUGUGAAUUAUCAAGAAUUUUCAGAAGGGAUCUGAAUACUCCUAAUAUUUCCGAGUGCAAAUCGAAAAAGUCAUCAUAUGUUGGGAAUAUUCGUCCCAUAUCCGAAAAUAAUCAGUUCACUGGGGCUACUUUUUCUACUAUUUAUUUUGAACGAAUUUCUAUGGUAAUUUUAUCGUGAAUCGGUUCAAAAACUAAUAUGCAGAUAUAAAUUUUAGCAAUUUUCUGCUAAUUUAGCAGGUGAAAAUAUUCAGAACAGAGUAUCAUAAAGUAAAUCGAGGGUGUUUUCUGCGCAGAGUAUCUAACAGUAUAUGCAUGAAAUAAAUUGAGAUGUAUAUACAAAAAGAUAAACUUUAACAUGCAGUACAUGUUUCUGGUUAUAUCGAUUGAAGAAUUAACUCAAAGGAAAAGUUACUGUCUGCGAGAAUAACUUCAUAUUGUAAGGGUGGAAAAGUAGCUCCAGUCCAUUGUAUGUUUGUGGAUAUAUCGGUUAACUGCGUGAUAUUUGAUAAUAAAUAACCACGAUGAUGUGAAAUAUACUGUGUAUGUGAAAUGUAAACAAAUAUAAAUUUCAGUAUAAACGACUUUUUAU